GAAAAUGGCUGUUGGUAAUGCUGAUGCUGAAGAUUUAUUAACAAAAUUAAUUUACGUUUUCGCUGACGUUACAAGAGCUGUUGAAGCUGUGUGGUCUUCUUCACCAUUACCAUCGCCAUUGCUUCCAAUGACUCCAUCAUCAUAUUCUCCACCACGAAUAUUACACGAAAGACGCAAGUCUUCCUUAGAGAUCGAUGGAAAUAAUAAAUCUAGCGCGCUUUUAUCACCACCACUUGCGUAUUCGUCCCCAUUGGCUCGUCAUGUUACUAUGCCUCAACUACCGUCAACUCCUAAAAUUACUCUUGAACAACGUCGUGCUUCUGCGAAUGAAGCGAUAUUCGAAAGCCCAAUAAUGUACAUUCCCCCCCCUCGACCAAGUAUGGAUGACAACCUUCUCACUUGGAACAAUUUAACAAAGAAGCAAGUAGAUCAAAUGCUUCAUGAGGAAAUGAAUAGGGAAAUUGAUUUUAGCAUAAGGUUGAAGAAACAACAAGAAGAUGUAGAUCAAGACUCCAGGAAAAAAACAAAAAAGCCGAAAACAAUGAUGAACUUUUUCAAAUCAAUAAAAAAUGCGUUCAACAGCCCUACAUCGUCGACUAGUGUGUCACCCAUUGGAUCCCCAACUCGAUCAAUUAUUCUACCAAGUCCCAUUCGUAACGCACAUCUACCACGUCCUCCACCGUUGGAAAGCCAUCGGUCUUUUUCUUUUGAUUCACAGUCACUGACGUUGCACGGUC